CAGCGGGGCGUCAGCACGGAGAACACAGAGCCCAGUGUGCAGCCACUGAAAGCCUUUGUGUCCGCAGACACCUCCGGGCUCUGCAGCGGACACACGCAGCAAACCUCCCCGCCCAGCAAGCGUAGAAUCCCGGCUUCACCAGGCACCGCGCCCCGCUGAAUAGAGCGGAGGAUGGAAGAUCCGGAAGGGACGGUUUCUAGAGAUAACAGGUGUCGUUAGGUGCAGAAAAUUCUUCCCCCGUUUUCCCGUUUAGCAGUCUUUACAGUUAUAGAUUAAGCCGCAAAGGGCGAUUUUAGAUUAGGCACUAAAACGACUUGUUAGGAUCAGAAGGGGAAAAAGAAGGGAGGGUGAAUUUUCUGCCGACUUAAUUCGAGUGUGAAGAGAGGGAGAAUUGAAACUUGAAGCAACAGAGAGAAUAAAGGGAGGAGAGGAGAAGCUAGGAGGGGCGUGUAUUGUGGCGAGGAGAGACAGAGGACAGGAGUCUGGAUCUCUCCAGACGCAAUAUAAUCGUCUCUGACAGGCUGCAUGAUCGAUCUGAUACGCAAGAAACCCGGAUCAAAUGCAGAGCAGUGAGGGCAAAGAGGUGGAGAGACCCGCAGAUUCUGCAGACAUGUCGCUGGAGAAGUGUUUGGAGCUGCUGAUAACAGCCAAGAGGGAAGGCAGGGAGGUGGAGAAGGAGAGGCUCUACCGCCACAUGAGCGACCACUACCUGGAAGUGCUGAGGACCCCCGGUGUGUUCGGCCGGCUCACAGCCGGGGAGAGGGAGCUUAUCCUGGCCUGGAGGAUGGAGGGGCGAAAGGUGCUGGCGGUGGCUGAAACCAGCGAGGUGUACGACCGCGGGGGGAGCCGGGAGAGCAGCCGGCCACAGAGCCCGCAGCAGGAUGACUCCAGGCGGGUGUUUUGUCUCGAUACGGAAAGCCAAGCGGGUCAUAAAUCGGAGCGCUGGCAGUGGGAGGAGCUGACCCGUCUGCCGGAUGAGAUCCCGGCCAAAGGCUCGGCAAUGUGCACGCUGUACAACUACCUGUUUGUGGCGGGGGGCAUGAGCGGCGCCAAAGCAUCGGAUCGAGUCUUCUGCUUCAACCCGCGGACGCGCCUGUGGAGCCAAAUCCGUCCGCUCAGCGAGCCGCGCUGCCAGCUGCAGUUGGUGUCCAUGGACGGACACCUGUACGCCGUCGGAGGGGAGUGUCUGUUCACCGUGGAGCGCUACGACCCGCGCGCUGACCGAUGGAGCGCCGUGGCUCCGCUGCCCAAAGGCUCCUUCGCCGUCGCUCACGAGGCAACGUCCUGCGGCGGGGAGCUGUUCGUCUCCGGGGGCUCGCUCUUCUACCGCCUGCUGCGCUACGACUCGCGGCGCGACGAGUGGGAGGAGUGUCCGUUCAACGAGAGCCGGCGUCGCUCCACGGACAUGGUCGCUCACCGCAGCCUCGUGUACCGCUUCGACGUGGAGCGCGAGCGCGCGGCGGUGAGCGUGUACAAGUACAACACGGUGGCGAAGGCCUGGCACGGCGGGGCCAGCUUCCCGCUCUCAGAGACGCUGCCGUUUCGCUGCGCCGUGCUCGGCGAGCGGAUCUACUGCGUCAACAGGAGCAGCACGCUGCAGUUCGACGUGCGGGAGGAGAGCGAGGGCUUCCUGCCCAACGUGCUGCCCUCGCCGCCGGACACCAGAGGAGCGCUGGUGCCUUUCGUCCUCGCUCUCUAAACCGGAACAGCUGAUCCAUCAAGGGGGCGGAGCCUCUGGGGCUGCAGCGCCGAUUGUUUUCCUCCAAAGCACCCAAAUCUUUGAGGGCUUUAAAAUAACUUGUGUCAUUUCCUGUUCAGUCUCUCUGUAGCAAAAGUUCUCUUAGGCCUGCACACUGGCUGCGUGGCGUGAGCGUGUCAGCUGUGUGGCGUGAACGU